CGGCGCCCGCAGGCGGUGUCUGCCCUCAUCAAAGAUGGCGGUGGGCAGCGCCGCUGGUCACUAGGCUCCCGCUACUCGCUCCUCGCCGGGCUUCGCGGCAGACAUGGCGGCGGCCGAGCUGGAGUAYGAGUCCGUUCUCUGCGUGAAGCCCGAUGUCAACGUCUACCGCAUCCCGCCGCGCACCUCCAACCGCGGGUACAGGGCAUCUGACUGGAAACUGGACAAUCCAGACUGGACAGGGCGGCUCCGUGUCACCUCCAAAGGCAAAACUGCUUACAUAAAACUGGAGGAUAAGGUUUCAGGAGAACUUUUUGCCCAGGCUCCUAUAGAUCAGUACCCUGGCAUUGCGGUGGAGACUGUGGCAGAUUCCAGCCGCUACUUUGUCAUUCGAAUUCAGGAUGGGACUGGACGAAGUGCUUUUAUAGGCAUUGGCUUCACGGAUCGUGGUGAUGCCUUUGACUUCAACGUCUCUUUGCAGGAUCACUUCAAGUGGGUGAAGCAGGAGACUGAAAUCUCCAAGGAGUCCCAGGAAGCUGACACACGUCCCAAGUUAGACUUAGGGUUUAAAGAAGGGCAGACCAUCAAACUGAACAUUGGGAACAUGACAUCAAAGAAAGGAGGAGCAGCCAAGCCCCGUGUGUCUGGAUCAGGGGGCCUAAGCCUGCUGCCACCCCCGCCAGGAGGCAAAAUUGCAGUCCCUCCUAUACCUCCCCCGUCUUCCACAGCCAUUGCCAACCACGUCACACCACCACCUGUGCAGAAAUCCAGUAAUGCRAGCAGUGCAGAUAUUCUAUUAGACUUAGAUGCUCCUGCAGCUGCAUCCAAGGCACCAGUAUCAUCUACCACAGACCUCUGGGGAGACUUCAGCACUGCAUCCAGUGCUGUUCCCAAUCAGGCUCCUCAGCAGUCCAACUGGGUCCAGUUCUGAAUGAUCAAAGCAAUGGAAUGGGACAAACUGAUGACCUAGAGGCACCAAAUGGGAUCAGAGSGGGCACAAACCUCUCUAGUCUUCAAUCAAAUUGGGACAAUCCUUCAUUUUUAAAUCAGAACCUUCACUUAAACUUACUAUUUUUGAUCCCACUGAACCUCAAGAGAACAUACUGACUCCUCCCAAGAUGGCCAAGGAGGAGAGAGGUUGCAUUAUAUCCUCCAUCCACUUGGCCAUUACAUGGUACAUCCUAGCUCUUUUUCCCUGUCUUUCCAUACAGGGAAAGCAAGAAUCUUGAAGAAAGUGGGUACAGGAGGAGGCUGGGUAGGUGCCUCUGGGUUCCUUGUCCUUUAAAUUUUCUCUGGCUAGGCUGUCGCUUUUUGUGGCUGCUUUCAGUAGUGACUGCAGUCCCUGCAGCUUGCGGUGCUGAGGACAGCUGCAUUUGGCUACACCUGCUAAAUGAAAUCUCUAAUGAGAUAGGUCUUGGCUCAACACAAAACCCUCUUGGAUUAAUGACACUCGUGGUGAGGAUGACCCUCCCCACGCAUGCACUACUCUUCCUGUCUUUGGUGCAAUUCUUGGUAGUGCUGGAUGUCCUCAUGCUCCUGUGGGAGGAGUCAUGCAAGUCCUUCAGUAGAUUACUGUCACUGCGCUGUAGUUCCAGGCGGGCGCCCUAUCUCCAGGCUCCUGAUUUGGCUUGCAGGUUCACUGGAGGAACUUCUUUCAUUUUAA